UGUGAUGGACUGGAACUACGGACCCAACUACCACCCCACCUUCCAGGUGUUCCUGCCCCCCGUCACACAGGAGGCGGAGCUCAGCCUGUUGGAGAGGAGGCUGGAGGGGGUGGAGGUGUGGUCAGGGCUGGUCCCACUGACAGGUGCUGCUGUCACCGGAGCGACGACGUCAGAGGGACCGUCUGAGCGCGCUCAGAGUGAACGUGCGGAGCAGCAGCUGAAGGCUGUGAGGUCAGAGUUUGUGAAGCGUGUGUCGGUCCCCGUGCUCAACAGCCUAUUGGACGAGCUCCGUCAGCAUGGAGUCAUCACGCAGGAAGAGGAGGAGUCUGUCAAGGCCAUCGCUGAGAGGGCGGAGAGAGGGCGCCACGUCAUCGACGCCGUGCUGAACAAAGGAGCUCAAGCCUGCCACAUGAUGACAGUGUUCUUACUUGAGCAGGACUCCUUAUUGAGCACAACGCUCGGUCUCAGAUAGUGUGGCUGUGGGGGGGAUGUCUGGACACCAUUUGUGCAUGAAAACAGGGAUGUAGAUGUUAAUCUCACUCAGGAGAUCAGCCGAUGCCGUUUCUGUUCAUAUGUUUAGUCUUAUUUUCCACUCAGGUAAAUCGACUGUAACUCUGUAAAGUCUGCAAUGAUCUGAGCAAACAUACUCAAGCCUUUCAUCAGCAAUCCAGUUAGGUAUCUACUCUGUAUGCAAUUGUUUUUUCAAAGCAAGAAAUGUGUAAAUAAGAAAAUUGAUCCACAUCAGUGGCAUUCUAAACAAUUUUCUUUGAAUCUGACCUCAAUCAGGUUCUGCAGUGCAUCAGGUUUGCCCGGGCAGAGUACACCAGAAAGCUUGCAGACAAAUUGAAUGGGUGAAACUGUUUAUGAUUAAUGACAAUGUUUACAUGAGACCCCUGCAAUGUAGGGUCUAGCCCUCUCACACAGUGCCAUACACCACAUCCAACAGGGAAUGAAACCUGUGUUUGUUAGCUUGGCGCUGGUACUAGAUUGGAGAUCUGUGCCUCAUCAAGUGAUCCUCCAUCAGUACUUCUGCUGAGACGUUUGGUCCGCCUAUCAAGGAUCUGAUGCUCAACUGGAAACUGUUACUAUUCUAUAGGCCCAGCGUCAUGAUGUUCAUCUGCAGAGGCUGAGCUGUUUACAUGGCGAAGAGGAUAAGGAACGCCACCAUGAGACAGAAGAGACCCAUGGCCUCAGACAGAGCGAACCCCAGGAUGGCAUAGGAGAACAGCUGCUGCUUCAGGGAGGGGUUCCUGGGGAGG